AUGACAUUCACAGUGGCGCAGCGCCAGCGGGCGAUCGGCCUGUACAAGCGCCUCCUUCGCACAUCACGCAAGACGUUCGAUGGCGAUUCAAACGCGAUCGCCGCCGCCAGGGACGAGACUCGCCGUCGCUUCAGGGACGCAGCACAGGAGAUAGAUGCUGCCAAGAUCGACGAGGGUCUCAAGAUGGGCGACGAGAUUGUCUCGGUACUCCGACAGAACGUCGUCCAGGGCAAGUGGCGACAGGACAGGGAUGCGUAUGAACUCCGCAUGACCAAGGAGACAGAGCUCGGCAACAACGACAGCAUCAAAGAGGCACGAGCCAAGCAGAUCGCCGACCUCAAAGCGGGCAAGAAGCCGGAGCGAAAGAGCUGCCGCGAGAUGGCCGCUCAGUAUCAAGCAUCCUCCUCCUCUUCAUCCGCGGCCACGUCCUCCUCUUCCGCGUUCAAUUCGGUUCGCGCCUACUCCACCUCUGCCCGACCCACAUCUAGCAUCCUUGCGCAAGCUACGCACUUCCAGCAGCGCAGCGGAUUCGCAUCCUCAGCGAGCACACUUUCUCGCGACCCUUCCGCCGUCGCCGCAUCGCCUCUCCCGCGUCCAGUACCCAAGUUCUCGUCCACUACCAUCCUUGCGGACGGCUCAUCGAUUCAGCUCGCCACCACAUCGCCCCGUCGUCUCACGCGGCUGACGCGAGACCCCACCAACCAUCCGCUGUGGAACCCGGGCCAGGAACGAAAGAUCGGUGGUGACGCAGCGGACGACAGCGGUCGUCUGGGCAGGUUCAGGAGGAGAUUCGAGGGUGCCGAUGGCGCAGUGGCCAGCAAGGCGGAGGCAAAUAAGGAGGCGGGAGAGGUUAACUUCGGUCAGGAGGACCUGGAUUGGAUGAGUGUCGGUGGUCGUGAGGCUCGGGCUGGCUCGCCCAUUGCGGCGAAGAAGGCUGCCAAGGGCAAAGGCCGCAAGUGA